UUUCUUCAAAAACUUUAUUGAUACUUUCAUGGGAUAAGGUUUUUACAAGGUUACUAGAGCGACAUCCGCCCUUCAGUGUAGCUUAUUUCCGGUUCCGGUCUGUCAGAAAAUCUCACCUAAAGCAGUGUGUUUGCAGGUAUGGGCCAUGGACAUGAACACCAUGGGCACGGGAAGAUGCACAUACCAGAUUACAAGUUAUGGAAAAUAGAGGGAACACCUCUGGAAGAUGUGCAAAAGAGGCUUGCAAAAAAGGGACUGAGAGAUCCAUGGCUAAGGAAUGAAGCUUGGAGAUACAUGGGAGACUUUUCUAAACCAGUUACCAUAAGCCAGGUUGUCUUCAAAGGAUUCAAAUGGGGCUUUGCUGCGUUUGUUGUUGCACUUGGCGUAGAAUAUGCUUUCUUUCCUCCCAAGAAAAAUGGUGGCCACCAUUGAACGAGGGAUCACACACUGACUGUUGAUAAAUCUGUAAUUUACAAAUAAAAUUUAUGAAACUUC